AUGUUGUCAUCGCGCCGCGCAUGCUACAAAUGUGGCAACAUUGGCCAUUAUGCGGAUUCUGCCAGGUCUGCUCGUCUGCGGAACGCCUUUGCUAUAACUGACAUGAGUCGAAUGGUUGCCCGCGUCCUCGCACAACAGAAAGGUCUAGGACAUGUGCAAGCUGACUGCCCUACUCUGCGCAUCAGCGGAGGUACCACGGGCGGCCGCUGCUACAUUUGCCAUCUGCCCGGCCACUUGGCUCGGACCUGCCCAUCUGCCGGUAUGCAUGGUGCCGGGAGAGGCGCUCCAGUUAUCCGUGGCGGUUUCAACUCUGCCUUCCGUGGAGGAUUCGCGGGGUAUUCCAGAACCGCGAUGUGCUACAAAUGCGGCGGCCCGAACCACUUUGCACGGGAUUGUCAGGCCCAAGCUAUGAAAUGCUAUGCUUGUGGAAAAUUGGGCCAUAUCUCUCGUGAUUGCCCGGCUCCGAACGGUGGGCCGCUGAGCUCCGCAGGGAAAGUUUGCUACAAAUGCUCUUUGGCUGGCCAUAUCUCUCGCGAUUGCCCUACCAAUACCAACGAAACCGUUGCUCCUAGUGCUGCGGAACCUACUACUGAAGUUGCUGCUGCGGAUAGUGUUGCCCCCGCUGCUUCAGCACCCACAACCGCAGUGGCUUAAAAUCAAUUUCCCUAGACAUCAUUUCCCUAUACAUCCCAUCUCACCCUUCAAUCGAUCAGACUCAUGUGAUGGAACUCACCACUUCUCUAUUUUUCUUUCUCUUUACUUUCCCUUUGUAUCUGUCUAGCCGAAUUCUGCCCACUAUUGCUAAACUUACUCCUAUUAUUUCUUCUUUUUCCCUUGAAAUAUUUUGCACAUAUUACGUCUCCCAUGUCAGAUUCUCCAGACUACGGGGUGAGGUCUUUAUAUAUACGAUUUGCCAACGAAAAGGUUUUCACGACGCAAACACAAAGAAUUUCUUUGAUCCGGAAUUCGGCAUCUGGUUUUAUUUACAUAAUAAGCCCCAUGAAACGGCGCCAAUUGGCUAACAAGGUUGGGGGACAUUUAAAAUAAAAAGGGUUGGGGAAGGAACAACUUUCAAUCUGGCUUUCCUCUCUCCGCAGGGAAAUCUGUGAGAAGGAAUCGAAAAAUAUGUUUUGGCAAGGCCAAUGAAUGGUGGACUGAGAAAAGGAGGAUUUGGGUUUGUUAAGUAUUCAAGUUCCUACCAAAGUUGUAACGGGGUCGUGGAUUUAUGAUAUUAAAUUGUCGGUAACUGGACCACCCCCUCGCUUUUAUUUUUCUUUGCUUUAUUUUUACUCCCUUUUAACCCGAAAACCCUUCCUAAAUAUAAGCGUGGGGGGCCUCUCUUCCCUCUUUCUAUGGAACAUGGCGUGGUCAUUUAUUCUACAUUUAUGGUCUUGUUUUAUUUUAUUAAAACGCCAACUUUCCUCACCUUGUUUCUCUCUUCUCUUCUUCUGUCUCGUCUGGGAUCCAAAAAGCAAGGCUGGCAUUUUCCUUCUGUAACAUUAUACCAGGCGUCAAAUUUGCUGGCGGUUGUGUGUCAACAGAAUAACCGGGGAAGGGGUGAGAAAGGAAAGGAAAUGCUCGUCCGGAUUAAAAUUUUCAUAGGAGCCUCGCUAACUAUGAAUUAAAUUGGUUCUUUCUAU